AUGGCUCAACCUGGCGUUCAGUCCUUAAAGUGUGUCGUGACCGGCGACGGUGCUGUAGGCAAGACAUGCCUUCUCAUUUCGUACACGACUAAUGCCUUCCCCGGCGAGUAUAUUCCGACAGUCUUCGACAACUAUUCAGCUAGCGUCAUGGUUGAUGGAAAGCCCAUCAGCCUGGGAUUGUGGGAUACCGCUGGCCAGGAGGAUUAUGAUCGAUUGAGGCCAUUGUCGUACCCGCAAACAGAUGUCUUCCUCAUCUGCUUCUCCAUCGUAUCCCCCCCCUCGUUCGACAACGUAAAGGCCAAGUGGUACCCCGAAAUCGACCAUCACGCCCCCAACAUUCCCAUCAUCCUGGUCGGUACCAAGCUGGAUUUGCGAGAGGAUGCGGCCACUUUGGAUUCGCUGAGGCAGAAGCGAAUGGAGCCUGUAUCGUACGAACAAGCACUGGCUUGCGCUCGGGAAAUCAAAGCCUACAAGUAUCUGGAAUGCUCUGCACUCACUCAACGAAACCUGAAAAGCGUGUUUGACGAAGCCAUCCGUGCCGUGUUGAACCCCCGUCCUCAACCUUCUCGGAACCGAAAGUCCAAGUGCUCCAUCUUGUAA